GCACAAGUUUACUUUACUUUUAAGUACAAUUGUUAGGUUCCACAUAAACUACUGUACAGGUUGCUGAGCUGGCCCUCCUUAAAUAUUUGUGUAAACGUUUUGAAAGGGGUGAGGGAUGGUGUGAGGGUGCCACGCCACGCCCCGCCCCGCCCCGCAAGAACCCGACUCGACGUUAUCAGCCUGCAAGCACUGCCGAGCCAACUUUUGACUGUCAAAAGUCCACAACGAGAGCGAUACAAGUCCAAUGGUCAGGACCGCCUGCAAGUCCGGACGUCACAGUGUGGACCUCGCCUGGUGCACAAAGCUGCGGGACCGCAUGAAGCUUCAUCCAACUCCUGCGUACUGAGCACAGCAGCGAGGCCGGGGGGAACCGCAGUCAUGUCAGGACAGUCGAGCUUUGUCAACCCGUUCCACAGGACCCACAGCCUGGCUGCAGCCGCCCCUGCAGGCAAAGCUAAACUGACGCACCCCGGCAAGGCCAUCCUGGCAGCUGUGUGUGGUGUGGACCAGGAUGCAGGUCACUGAUGUUCAGGUGUGUCCUCUCUCUCCAAAUCCCAAGUGUGGAGUGGAGUUGUGGGAUGGACGCAUGCACGAGCGUCUUGAGUUUGCAUGAGCGAGUGUCAUCAAACGUGUUGACUGUCUCAGCAUGGGGCGGGAUCGCAGGCGGCAUCGAGAUCUGCAUCACCUUCCCCACAGAGUAUGUGAAAACACAACUGCAGCUGGACGAGAAGGCCAACCCCCCCAAGUACAAAGGCAUCGCUGACUGCGUGAAGCAGACGGUCCACAGUCAUGGCGUGAGAGGUCUUUAUCGAGGACUCAGCUCGCUGCUCUACGGCUCCAUUCCCAAAGCUGCCGUCAGAUUUGGAGUGUUUGAGUUCCUGAGCAACAAGAUGCGCGACGAGAGCGGGAAGCUGGACAGCAAGCGCGGAUUCUUGUGCGGCCUCGGCGCCGGCGUGGCCGAGGCCGUGGUGGUCGUGUGUCCUAUGGAGACGGUCAAGGUCAAAUUCAUCCAUGAUCAGACGUCAGCAAACCCCAAGUACAGAGGAUUCUUCCAUGGCGUGCGGGAGAUCAUCAGAUCUGAAGGACUCAGAGGGACCUAUCAGGGUCUGACGGCCACCGUGUUGAAGCAAGGAUCCAACCAGGCCAUCCGCUUUUACGUGAUGACCUCGCUCAGGAACUGGUACAAAGGUGACGACCCAAACAAAGCCAUUAACCCUUUGAUAACGGGGCUGUUUGGAGCUGUGGCCGGCGCUACCAGCGUGUUUGGGAACACUCCGCUGGACGUCAUCAAAACCAGAAUGCAGGGUCUGGAAGCACACAAGUACAAAAGCACAUUGGACUGCGCCGUCAAGAUCAUGAAGCACGAGGGUCCCAUGGCGUUCUACAAAGGUACCGUGCCCCGUCUGGGUCGGGUGUGCAUGGACGUGGCCAUCGUCUUCAUCAUCUACGAGGAGGUGGUCAAGGUCCUCAACAUGGUCUGGAAGACGGACUGAAAUUCGCCGCCCGCAUUCUGCACAGGGGAGACGAGUCUGGACAGGCGGUGGGCUCUCUCCCUUGAGUUCCAAACUGGAUUGCUCGUGAUUUUAUUUAAGCUCCAUCAAGCAGAAGCACUAUGUUUUUUUCCAUGAAAGGGGCUCACGCGAGACUAGGGUGUGGAAUUCUGCAAGGAAGGGAAGCAAUCUUCUUAACGUGUUCUAGAAAAAUAACUGAUUCAAUCAUGACAACAAAAUACUUGAAGAUGAGGAUGAAAAUGUUUUACAGCCUUUACUUAUCACUUAUGCAAUUCUAACUUCGCUUUUACCUUAAUGAUACGCUGCCACGGUACUCCAACUUAUUGAAAUAGCUGUUUUUAUGCUACCCAUUUUAUGCUGAAAUAUGCUAAACCUCAAGACAAAUGCUAUAAAAAGUGCCUACGUAUGUUAUGAGUGGGUUUUUUGGGUUAAAGAAUAAUGUUCUUUAAAGGAUUACUUUAAAAAUAUAUAUUCCAUUAACAGUGCCUUCCAUGUCAUUCCACAAAAGACGAUGCUUUGACAUAGAUUUUAUAUCAGAUGAACUAUAUAAUUUCUUCUCUGAAGACUGUAUGCAAUGUGCCAUGCCAGAGGGUGAAAUAUGCAGCUUGUGAUGACAUGCAAGAUGUUCAGUGUUUACUUGAUGCUCUCAGCACCACCGUGCACGUGUAAAUUCAUUUAUGUCAUAACAGAUUUUAUUUUCCCUCCUGUGCCUUCAGGGUAACCGAUUUUAAUGUGAAAGUAAACAUCAAUGUGACUGGAAA